GCAUUCGGAGCAGCUCGAGCAUUAAAACGCAUCUGACCCGCAUCCAGAGCCCACAUCAGCACCCUCGGGUCUAGUAGCCGAGCUCAAGAUGCUUCAGUCCCUCGCCGGUAAUUCGUGCGUGCGCCUGAUACAGAGCAACAAAUCGGCGUGGUAUUUUCUUUUCCUGGUGCUCGGCUACGUGCUGUAUCUGAUCUUCGGUGCGGUGGUGUUUUCCUCGGUGGAGCUGCCGUAUGAAGACGACCUUCGCCAGCAGCUCAGAGAGAUAAAGAGACUUUUCCUCCAGGAGCACCAGUGUCUGUCCGAGGAGCGGCUCGAGAGGUUUCUGUCCAAAGCCCUGGAGGCCAGCAAUUAUGGGGUGUCUAUUCUCAACAACGCCUCGGCUAGCUGGAACUGGGACUUCACCUCGUCUUUGUUUUUUGCGAGCACCGUCUUAUCGACCACAGGAUAUGGUCACACUGCCCCUCUCUCUGAUGGCGGAAAGGCAUUCUGCAUCAUUUAUUCAGUGAUUGGCAUCCCCUUCACCCUCCUCUUCCUCACGGCUGUGGUGCAAAGGAUCAUGGUGUAUAGCACGUGGAGGCCCAUCAUGUAUGUUCACACACGCUGGGGUCUGUCUAAACCCCUGGUGGCCCUCGUUCACGCGACUCUGCUGGCUGUCGUGGCUGUGUCCUGCUUCUUCCUCAUCCCUGCCGCCAUCUUCUCUGCCCUAGAAGAGAACUGGAACUUUCUGGAGUCCUUCUACUUCUGCUUUAUCUCCCUUUCCACCAUCGGCCUUGGUGACUAUGUGCCCGGAGAGGCCUUUAACCAGAGGUUUCGUGAGCUCUACAAACUGGGCAUCACUGUGUAUCUCCUGCUGGGCCUGAUCGCCAUGCUGGUGGUGCUGGAGACCUUCUGUGAGCUCCAACAGCUCAAGCAGCUCCGCAAGAUGUUUUACCUGAAGAAGGAGAAACCGCAGGACCGUCUGGCCAUCAUGGAGCACGACCACCUGGCCUUCUCCUCCAUGCCGGACGCCACCAUCCACUCGCCCCACGAGGACAAAACCGAGCCCUUUGUGGACUUCCCUGUGUUGACCUCUCCAGGAGGAGACGACCCCAUGAUCAAAUAGAGCUUCAUCCACAUUAACCUUCUUCAGUGGAGGGGGACGACUUUAGCCGAGGGUCUUGAAGGUGACUGGGAGGCCACGGAUAUGUGCAAAUUACUUGAAAAGGUCAUCUGAGAAUCUGCGUAUUUAACAGCCCUUCAAAAACAAUGCCC